GAUGUGGUGAGCAACCCGUUUUCCGGAGAAGAACGCAAUAUUCCAGAAUCAUAGGGGGCACGGAGGCUGGGGUGGGUGAGUUUCCAUGGCAGGUGAGUAUUCAGGCAAGCAAUGAACAUUUCUGCGGCGGCGCGAUUCUCAACAAGUGGUGGAUUCUCACAGCUGCUCACUGCUUAUACCAGGAGGAACUGUCCCCAGACGAUCUAAAUGUCGUGGUGGGGACCAACGACUUAACCAGCGAACCCAUGGAAAUAAAGGAGGUCAGCAAAAUAAUUUUCCACAAGGCAUUCAAGAGGGCCAACAUGGACAAUGACAUCGCCUUGCUGCUGUUGGCCUCACCCAUCGUGCUCAAUGACCUGGCGGUGCCCAUCUGCAUGCCCACGAAGCCCGGCCCCUCCACGUGGCACGAAUGCUGGGUGGCAGGGUGGGGCCAGACCAAUGCUGCGGACAAAACCUCUCUGAAAAGUGAUCUGAUGAAAGUGCCCAUAGUCAUCAUGGACUGGGAGGAAUGCUCAGCGGUGUUUCCAAAACUUACCAAAAACAUGCUGUGCGCUGGAUACAAGAACGAGAGCUAUGAUGCCUGCCAGGGGGACAGUGGAGGACCUCUUGUCUGCACCCCAAAGCCUGGUGAGAAGUGGUACCUGGUGGGCAUCAUCAGCUGGGGCAGGAGCUGUGGGCAGAAGGACACCCCAGGAAUAUACACCUUGGUGGCAAACUACGACAUCUGGAUCGAGAGGGUGACCCAGGUGGAGGGCCGUCCCUACGAGGCCGAGGCGAUGAGGACCCCUCCCAACCGGAAAUCGGCGGGCUCCCGGCUCUCGGAAGGGCCAGGCGGCCCUGGGUUCUGGCUCCUGGUCUGCCUCUGGCCCUACAUGUGCCCAGCGCACGCUCACCGGGGGCUGCUCCUGGACCACCAGACGGUGGCCAGGAGGCACGAAGACCGCCCUCUGACUUGGUGGAGCCAUGACGUCCCCAAGCUACACCCCGCAGCUCCCACAGUCACCUCUGCUAUCGGCAGCUUCACUGCUCCUGCCAUCCUUGCCAGCGCCUGUCAGCUUCCCAGAGUGGGCUGCCGAGUGUUACCGAAGCGGGCUGUUUCCUCAGCCUUCGUCGUGGACUCAUGCACGAGCCACUCGGAUGAGAGCGCGAGAGAGCCUGUCCACACGGGCGUCUACACAGGUCUGGUGAUGACAAUCCCAGCCCCACGGGCAGCCCCCUCCCCUGCGCCGGCACCCUUCCUCCCUCCCACCUUGGGCCCUGAGAACGAGGCCCCGGCAGAUGUCAGGCCCGGGAGUGGUUCCCACAGGAGGAGGAAGCGGGAGCUCACAAAAGGCCCGGCUGUUCCCUGA